GCAUCCCAACCAUAAACCAACAGGAGCAUCAUGUCGGGGAAGCGGAAGGACCGAGCGCAGAAGCGCCGCCGAGACGACGACGACGACGAUGAUGAGACCGUCGAAGUCGGCGCCGCUCUCUCGGCUUAUCAGCAGCGCAAGCAGCAGCAGCAGCGAGGCGACGGGUCUGGCGAUGAAGGCGAUGAGCUCGACGAGGACCAGCGCGAGCGCCGGGCGUUCGAGGAGCGCAUGCGGCUCAAGGACGAAGAGCGCACGCGCAAGCGGUCCGGCCAGAAGGAAGAGUCGCUCGACCAGGCCGAGCUGCGCGAGCUUGCGACGCGCGGGUCCGUGGCGGACAAGGUGCGCGACGCGGCGAUCGAGGCCCGGCGCGCGGCGAGCCGGCGCGAGUUCCUGCGCAUGCGCACGGAGAAGAUGUCCAAGCUCGUCGACUACGCGGUCAAGGACGACGCGCUCAUGUUCGGCGACGACGUGUCCAAGAAGGAGCUCGAGAAGCGGACGCUCCAGGAGACGAUCCUCUCGAUCGAGCGGGCCAAGGCGCGGGGCGACACGAUUGACGCGUACCAGAUCCCGGACGCGAGCGACCAGUACGACGCUGACGGGAACCGCGUGAAGAAGACGGUCGAGGACUUUUCGAUCGUCGAGCGCGACGACGAAGGCCCGGUCAAGACGGAGCAAGAGAUCUGGGAAGAGACGCAGCUCAAGAACGCCCGGAAGGACGCGCUGUACGGCGCGCAGGACCGGAAGGCCGAAGUCGUGUACGAGCUCGAGAUGGACGACCAGAUCGAGUUCAUCUCGCAGCAGAUGAUGGCCGGCCACAACGUCAGCACGGAGGACAUUAAAGAUGCGCGCAAGCGCGCCGAGGAGAACCAGCACAUGAGCAUGCUCGAGGCGCGCAAGCAGCUGCCGAUCUAUGCGUACCGCGAGGUGCUUCUCGAGGCCGUGCGCGACCACCAGGUCAUCAUCAUGGUCGGCGAGACUGGGUCGGGCAAGACGACGCAGGUGCCGCAGUACCUCCACGAGGUCGGCUACUCGGAGAUGGGCAAGAUCGGGUGCACGCAGCCGCGCCGAGUCGCGGCCAUGAGCGUGGCCGCCCGCGUCGCCCACGAAAUGAACGUCAAGCUCGGCAACGAAGUCGGGUAUUCGAUCCGGUUUGAAGACUGCACGUCCGAGAAGACCAAGGUCAAGUACAUGACGGACGGCAUGCUUCUUCGCGAGUUCCUCACCGAGCCGGACCUCAAGAGCUACAGCUGCCUCAUCAUCGACGAAGCGCACGAGCGCACGCUGAGCACGGACAUCCUCUUUGGCCUCAUCAAGGACAUUUCGCGCUACCGCGAAGACCUCAAGAUUAUCAUUGCGUCCGCGACGCUGGAUGCGGAAAAAUUCUCCGAGUACUUUGACAAUGCGCCGAUCGUCAAGAUUCCGGGGCGCAUGUUUCCCGUCGACAUCCUCUACACGCGCGCGCCGGAAGCCGACUACCUCGACGCCGCGAUCGUCACGGUGCUGCAGAUCCACAUUACGCAGCCGCCAGGCGACAUUCUCGUCUUCUUGACCGGCCAAGAAGAGAUCGAGACCGCCGAAGAGCUGCUGUUGUUUCGGACGCGCGGUCUCGGCUCCCGGAUUCGCGAGCUCCUGAUUCGGCCCAUUUACGCGACGCUGCCGUCCGAGCGGCAGGCGCAAGUGUUCGAGACGACGCCACCGAACGCGCGCAAGGUCGUGAUCGGGACCAACAUUGCCGAGACGUCGCUGACGAUUCCGGGCAUUUGCUAUGUCAUUGACGCGGGCUUUUGCAAGCAGACCAACUACAACCCACAGACGGGCAUGGAGUCGCUCCUCGUGACACCGAUCUCGCAGGCGAUGGCCAACCAGCGCGCCGGUCGCGCCGGCCGAACGCAGCCCGGCAAGUGCUUCCGCCUCUACACGGCGUGGUCGUACCAGCACGAGCUCGACGAGACGACGAUUCCCGAGAUCCAGCGCACGAACCUCGGGACGGUCGUGCUCUUGAUGAAGUCGCUCGGUAUCAACGACUUGCUGCACUUUGACUUUAUGGACCCGCCGCCGGAAAAAUCGCUCAUCCGGGCCCUCGAGCAGCUGUAUGCGCUCGGCGCGCUCAACGACCGCGGCGAACUCACUAAGCUCGGGCGCCGCAUGGCCGAGUUUCCUCUCGACCCAAUGAUGUCGAAGGCGCUCUUGGCGUCUGAAAAGUACGGCGUCUCGGAAGAGGUCAUGACGGUCUGCGCGAUGCUGAGCGUCAACAACACGAUCUUUUACCGGCCAAAAGACAAGGCUGUCCACGCCGACAACGCGCGCCUCAACUUUGCGCGCGGCGGCGGCGGCGACCACAUCUGCCUCCUCAACGUCUACAACCAGUGGGUCGAGACCAACUACUCGACGCAGUGGACGUACGAGAACUUUGUCGUGAUGCGCGCGCUCAAGACGGCGCGCGACAUCCGCGAGCAGCUCGCCGGCCUCUGCGACCGCGUGGAGAUCGAGAAGACGUCCAACCCGCACAACACGGAGGCGGUGCGGAAAGCGCUCUGCGCCGGCUUUUUCUACAACACGGCCAAGCUCGACAACUCGGGCGCCUACAAGACGGUCAAGCAAAAGCACUCGGUGCACAUCCACCCGUCGUCGUGCCUCGUCAAGCUCGAGGAGAUGCCGCGCUGGGUCGUCUUCCACGAGCUCGCGUUCACGUCGAAGGAGUACAUGCGCCAGGUCGCGCCCAUCAAGGCCGAGUGGCUCACGGAGAUCGCGCCGCACUACUACAAGACCAAGGAUGUCGAAGACUCGUCGUCCAAGAAGAUGCCCAAGCUCACGGGUCGAGCUUAAGAUAUCCACACAGUAGUAAUCCAAGGACAGUGUACUUACUAAAGUUAUUGCCUACUAGCA